AUGGCGGGUGUCAACGGUGGUGCCACGGCGAGCGGAGGCAGCAAGACCAAGGUCAAGGUGGUGGUGGUCAUGGGCGCCACGGCCACCGGCAAGUCGAAGCUAGCCAUCGACCUCGCGCUGCGCUUCGGCGGAGAGGUGAUCAACUCGGACAAGAUCCAGGUGCACGACGGCCUCGACGUCGUCACCAACAAGGUCACCGCCGCGGAGUGCCAGGGCGUGCCACACCACCUGAUCGGUGGGGUGAGCCCCGACGCCGACUACACCGCCGCCGAUUUCUGCAGGGACGCCACGCGCGCCGUCGAGUCCGUCGCCGAGAGGCGCCGCGUCCCGAUCAUCGCCGGCGGAUCCAACAGGUACCUCGAGGCGCUGCUGGACGACGGCGGGGAAGAACCUGCAGCUGCAGAUGCUGGUGGUGGUGGCUUUCGCAGGCGCUACCAGUGCUGCUUCGUCUGGGUGGACAGCGACCUGGCCGUGCUGGACCGCUACAUAGGCAGCCGCGUGGACUGCAUGCUGGACCAGGGGCUCGUCAGCGAGGUGCGGCCCUUCUUUCGGCACGACGACGGUGACUACUCCAGGGGCAUCCGGAGGGCCAUCGGCGUGCCGGAGAUGGACGGGUACUUCCGGACGGAGGCCGCGGGUGCUCUCGACGGCGACGACGAGCGGCGAGCGCGGCUCCUCGCUGCCGCCGUUGACGAGAUCAAGGCCAACACGUGCGUGCUGGCGCGCCGUCAGCUGGACAAGAUCCACCGGCUGCAGGGCCUCCGCGGGUGGAGCGAUAUCCACCGCCUCGAUGUCACAGAGGUGCUUCGGAUCAAGGUCGGGGACGGCGCCAGGAACCCAAACGCACAGCGCGUCGCGUGGGAGACGGACGUCGUGAGCCCCGCGGCGAGGAUCGUGGGAAGGUUUCUGGCGCCGGUUAAUGUCGUCGUUGAGGGAGCUUGGGACAACGGCAAGGAUCGUUUCUUCUUGAUGACGCCCAAAGAAGUGGUGGCCGUGCCAGGCGUUUGCACGGCGACAGAGUGGUUCGGCCAGCAGCCGCUGGACAUGGCGGUGAUGUCUCCAAGCCGCGGCUUUGUUGGACUGGGGGCAGCGGCGGCGGCUGUUUAA